CAGGAGUGCUUGUUUCUGCAAUGAGAAUCAUUUGCAAAGCCAUCUAUCCUCAAGACGCCACCGGACUGAGACACAGUGCCAACCUCUACUUCGCCGUCACCAUCGCUGUAAUGAUCAUCUGCAUCAUCUGCUUCAACAUAGCUGACAGACUUCCCGUCAUCCAGCAUUACAGGAGCAUCAAAAUCCAGGCCAUGAAAGAAGAAGGAGACUCCAAAUUCCUAACUGGUUCAACCUGGAGAUCAACUCUGCGGAACAUUUUCAUGAGGAUCAAAUGGUAUGGAUUUGGGCUCUUCCUCAUCUAUGUUGUAACCCUCUCCAUCUUCCCUGGAUACAUUACAGAAGAUGUUCACUCUGAAGUUCUCAAGGAUUGGUAUCCCAUAAUCUUAAUUACUGGAUACAAUAUUUUUGAUUUCGUGGGGAAGGCUUUCUCUGGAGUUUAUCUUUUACAGAACGAUAAUGUGGCGGUGGGCGCUUGUGUUGCGAGGCUUCUGUUCUAUCCUCUGUUCUUCGUGUGCUUGCAUGGACCUGAGUUCAUCAGGACGGAGACGCCGGUGAUGAUUUUGACAUGUCUUUUGGGUCUGACGAAUGGCUAUUUUACGGCUGUUGUUAUGACUCUCGCGCCGAAGUCUGUGCCCAUACAGCAUGCUGAGACUGCAGGAAUUGUGAUGGUUUUGUUCCUGGUGGUUGGCUUGUUGGUGGGCUCACUGGUGUCUUGGUUCUGGGUGCUCUGAUUACCUCCAAGGUGAGGCUGAAUUUUUCUCAAUUUAUUUCAUGAAUCUAUGUGCAAAUGUGUAAUAUUUGUUAUAUUAAGAACAUGCCAAAUAAGUUAUAAGUUGUCAAUCGGUUUAAUCUGUACUUCUGGUUUUAGUUUCUGAUGUUUUCAGCAAUUGGUUAAUUAUGUAAAACUUAUUUUUAACAAUGGAUUCAUAAAGCCAAUUUCAAAUUGUUGAA